AUGUGGAACACGGAUUUUGCAGUGAAUCCUACUUGCCCGUCUGAAAACUGUACCUGGCCGGAAUUCCAGUCCCUAGGCUUUUGCAGUAAAUGCCAAGAUGUGACCGAAGCAUCUACCCUCUAUGACUGUGAUCAAUGGACGGAACCAGAUGUUGACGAUGCGAAUACCAUCGCUCAUGGCCAAAAGUAUAGUUGUCCCGUGAAUACCGGCCACGGAGGUAAUGGCACCGUUGCCAUUCGAUAUUUCACUAAGGUCAAUGCCAUAAACAUCCCCACAGAACUCGUGUGGGGGCUUAUUGACAUGCAACAAGCGGGGUCUUUCUUGGGGGUUCCUUAUCCGGUUUAUGUCUUCGCGCAUGCCCAACUCGAAGCCGAAUCAGCCAAUGCAAACAUCACGGAGCUGGUUCGCGGGAUUCGCCUUAGCAGAGUCCAAGAAUGCGUUCUUUCCUUCUGCUUGCAGACGUAUAAUGUUUCUGUCUCUUCUGGCACGCCAGAAGUCCAUGUUACCUCGGUUGACUACGGGAAGCGGUUCAGUAGCAACCUUCCCGGCAAAAGCGAAUCUGAUCUCUCCGGGAACAGUCCAUUCUUGGGGUACAGUUAUUCAAACUACGUUUUCAACAACAAUACUUCAAUAUGGGCCAAAGGCGAGAAUUAUGGAAACACUGCUGAUUUUGGGGCUGCGUUCGACCGAGUCAUCGACUACGGCCUCGGUCCGUUGCUGUCGGACAUCGCUGCAGCGCUCACCAAGUAUACUCUGCAAACCAGCAAUGUGAACGCUGGCGGCACGGUCAUGAUCUCGCAGGCAUUCGUCAAGGUAUCUUGGAAGUGGCUGACUUUCCCGUCUGUGCUUCUUGUCGCCGGCUUUAUUUUCUGGAUGGUAACGGUGAUGAAGAACCGACAACACCGACUCGGUUUAUGGAAGUCAUCUAUCUUACCCAUGCUCUAUCAUAGUGCCGAGGAUAUUGAUGCGGGGCUCGAUCGUCCUGGUUCCACAGCCAAGUACGCCAAAAUCAGCCAGAUGAGCCAGUCUGCAGAAGCUACUCGUGUGAAACUGGAAGACAUCAUGGAUGGUCGACUGAGACUAGGACGGAACGAGUGA